AUGACCUUCAACCGCAUAAGCAGGCUGCUGGCCAGGCACAACAUCAAGUCUGUUGGUCUUCCGCCAAAGAAAAUUCCCAGUUUUCUCCGGCUGGUCAAGGACGACCUAGGACUGAAGAUGCCUGGCGUAUACAGCAUUCCUUGUGAGUGCGGUAAAGUCUACAUCGGUCAGACGGGCCGUUCCGUUGAGGCCAGGAUCAGGGAGCAUGAGCACCACAUCUGGAUCGGGCAGCCUGAAAAAUCUGCGGUUGCUGAACAUCACUUCAACAUGGAACACUGCAUACAGCUCGGGGACACUUCUAUCCUCUCCUCAAAAACUGGCUACAUGGAUCGGAUAAUCAGGGAAGCCAUCAAGAUCAAAUUACAUCCCGAUAACUUCAACAGGGAGGAUGGGCUUUACCUGAGCCGGUCCUGGAAGCCUCUUAUUCACACUCUUCAAGGACUCCGAGAGUGA